ACCCAGCAUCUUCGCCUCUCGCCGCCACUGCCGCUACCUCAAGCAAAUCGAGUCAGAAGACAUUGCCUCCAUCAAUUGCAGGAAUCCAUAGAGCACGCCAGCAAGUCCCUCGAUGACAAACUAAUCGGAAUCCACCGCAGGAGCGUUGCGCUUGGGUUAGUGAUUGGUUCAUUGAGCUUGGGCUUCGGCGAGCAAAGUGCCACCGCUGCCGCGAGAAGGCCGCCUGCACCUCCACCGGAGGAGAAAAAGGACCCCAAUGUGAGUGGGGUUCAGGCGAAAGUAUUAGCCAGCAAAAAGAGGAAAGAAGCCAUGAAAGAAUCCAUCGCCAAGCUAAGGGAGAAAGGGAAGCCAGUAAAUCAGUCGAGUGAAUAGUCAUCCGACAAAAUUUUCAGUGUCAAUUCUCGCAAAGAAUUUUCGAUUGCCCAGUACACACCUCCUCCUCGCAAUCUCUUCCGUUACGACGGCCUAUAACUUGUACCGGCGAGACUUGUAUGAGCCUAAUAGAUUCGAUGGAACUCAAGUGGAGCUUAAUUUAUCCGAGGUUUUAAUG